CACCCACUUUCUUUCUUCCUACUUCUGUAUUCUCCUUACCAAGAAAGAAAACUUUCAAACUUUCUCUCUGUUCCUCAAAGCUUUGAAUCAAGAUCUUGAUUUCGAACGUCGUAUCUCCUUCUCUCUAAGGAGUUUGGCUACAAGAUAACAUCUUCUCAAGAAAAAAGGAACGCAAGUUUUAGAUGAUUCGUGAAAUCUCUAGUCUACAAAACGACAUCAUAAACAUUCGAGAACGCUCUUCAAGCAACAACAACAAGAUCAUGGACAUGAGAAGAGAUAUUCGCAGACCAGCUCAAGCUCCUAUGAUGAGUAAGCAAGAAUAUUUUCGGACAUUGUCGUCACAGAACAGUCCAAGGAGGCUAAUCUCAGCGAGUUACUUCAGUAUAGAGUCAAUGGUUGUUCUUGUUGGUCUCACGGCAUCUCUCUUGAUCCUUCCCUUGAUUCUUCCUCCAUUGCCUCCUCCUCCCUUCAUGCUGCUUCUCAUUCCUAUUGGGAUUAUGGUUUUGCUUAUGGUUCUUGCUUUAAUGCCUUCUUCCUCUUCCUCUUCUUCUUCUUCUAAUCCCAAACAUGUAACAAGAACUUAUAUGUAACACAAAGAAAAUGAGAUUUUGUUUUUGGUUUUAUCUAUUGUUAAUUUUGUUAUUACAUAAGGUUUCAGGGUAAGAGGUUUUGUAUGAUUAUUCCAUUUGUAAAACUUGUAGUACUAAACAAUUUCAUGACUUUAUCAAUAAUGGUCUCAAAAUGGGAUUGGGGCAUUUAACAGGAGGAAGACUAUCUUUAUUUUUCUUGUUGUUGUAGAAGGCAUGCGGGUUUUGGGAUAAAACCUACCGAAUCAAACUCAACUAACCAAAUGAACCAAAACUUUUGGUUCGGUUUGAUGGGUUAAGUUCAUAGUCCCAGCCCUAAGUUGAAGUAAUAAUAUACAGUUAUCAUCUCCAAUGGGUUAAGAGAUAGAGAAAAAGACUUGACAAAAACAUUCUCAUAGACCUGGAUCCGGAUCCAAAAUUGUAUUGAUAUGAUUUAUCUUUCAAUUCUUAUUCUUUUUUAAACUAACGUAGAGGUUAAAACCCAAAUAACUCUGAUGCUAGUAGAUCCAUUGUUGCUCAGCAUCAAAGCCUUGAAGCUGCUUCACUGCUUACAUGAGCUCUCCCCUGAGCUUCUGUGAAAGCAACCUCCCACCUGCAUUCACACACUCUCUGUACAGCGGCAUGUAAGCAAUAGCAACCCUCAGUGGAGCUGGGAAAUCCUUUAAACAUAUAGCAGACUCUCCAAUCUUCAAAACCCUCAUGAAGUUCAAGACGUCAUCUCUGCUUUCCUUCAAUCCUUUGCUUGAAUGCAGCUUCUGACCAAUGUUCUUGCAGAAAUGAUUUCAGUUCUGAAGGAACAGAGGAUCCCCAAGGAAAUCUGAUUUGAGGAGAAACUCUACUCCGUUGAAGGAACCACCACUUCUUCCGCCUGCCGCUUUGAGGAUUUUUAUGCUGAGAGCUAUGUUAUAUGGAAACGGAAGCGGAAACGCGGAAGCGGAAUUGUAUAAAAGCG